AUGAGGUGGAAACAGUUGUCUCCUUUAAAUAAAGAAGAGCAUCCAGUGCUGUUACAGAAAAACUUUGUGUCACGAACAGGAGACAGAGAGAGAGAGAGAGAGAGAGGGAGAGAGAGAGAGAGAGAGAGAGAGAGAGACAAAGAGAGGGAGAGAGAGACAGAGAGGAUAGAGAGAGAGAGAUACAGAGACACAGAGAGAGAGAGACAGAGAGAAAGAGAGAGAGAC